CAGUAGCGGAACACUAACGGGAAUCGUUGCUCAUCUCUUCAGUUCGGAAUCAGAGUUUCGGCGACAGCCAACCAAGUUUAGUUUAUUAAGCACCUGCAAUUAAAAAUGGGUCCAAACGAUCGCCUAGCUCAAUUUAAAAAUCACGGGAAAGAUCUUGAAAGUGGCCGGUUGCGUCGCAAGGAAGACGUUAUCGAAUUACGUAAAGCUCGUAAAGAUGAGCAGCUCUCAAAACGACGCAACAUUCAUUUGGAUGCAGAGGAAGGUGACUUCGACGAGAGUGACAACAACAAUCCAAUUACGCCUUCAAAAACAGGGGAUCACCAGUCCAUUCAGGACAUCGAACAGCUCGUGAAGGGUAUCUAUUCUAAUGAUGUGGAAACUGUUCUGAAGUUUACACACUUAUCUCGACGCGUCUUAUCUAAGGAACGAAAUCCGCCGAUUGACAAGUUCAUCGAACUCAAUGCUGUACCUAGGCUAGUGGAAAUUCUCAAGGCACAAGACCGCCCUGAUCUUCAAUUUGAGGCUGCGUGGGCUCUCACCAAUAUUGCUUCAGGCACGGCGGAGCAGACUAAGUGCGUCGUCGGAGCAGGCGCUUGUCCAUUGUUCAUACAGCUCCUUGGAUCGAAGCACAAUAAUGUGGCUGAGCAGGCUGUGUGGGCGUUGGCAAAUAUCGCAGGCGACGGCCCUGAGUACCGUGACAUGCUUAUCCGAAACGGAAUAAUACCUGCUGUGAUUAAGCUUAUAAAGCAAGAUACGUCAUGCAACUUCUUGGCGAAUGUGUCCUGGUGCCUUAGCAAUCUCUGCCGCAACAAGAAUCCUCCUCCUCCACUCGAAGCUGUUGUGGAAUGUCUUCCUGCGAUAAAGCAACUCUUGAUGCAUGAAUCUAACGCUGUGAUUUCGGAUGCAUGUUGGUCUCUCUCAUACAUUUCCGACGGAACCGAUGACCGCAUUCAAGAGGUGGUGGACCAAUGUGUGCUCGAUCGUCUUGUAAGCAUAAUUAGUUCUUCAAAUGAUCGUAAUCUUGUUGUACCAGCGUUACGCACGCUGGGUAAUAUUGUUACCGGAACUGAUGUACAGACGCAGGCGGUGAUCGACCACGGUGCCUUACCAGCCUUCAGGCAUCUUUUAGCAAACGAGACAUUGAAUCUCCGUAAGGAAGUGGCAUGGGCACUGUCAAACAUCACAGCUGGCAAUCAAAGUCAAAUCCAAGCUGUGAUUACCGCUGGGAUUGUUCCUUGUCUCAUCGAGCUCAUUCAACAUGGAGAUGUUAAAACCCAGAAGGAAGCUACUUGGGCGAUUUCGAAUUUCACUUGCGGAGGAAGCGUAGAUCAGAUAGCAUUACUGGUUCAAGAAGGUGUACUCCAACCGCUUAUUGACAUGCUAACUCAAAAUGACGCUAAGAUCACUAUGGUGGUUCUCGAUGCUGUAAGGAAUAUCCUACAAGCCGGCGACAAAAUGAACCAGCGUGAUACCCUAUGCGAGGUGCUUGAGGAAAUAGGACUUGUUGAUCAACUGGAGCGAUUGCAGGCCCACGAAAACGAAGAGAUUUACGGGAUGGCCGUUAAACUCGUUGAGGAAUAUUGGGGCGAAGUCAGCGAAAGUGAGACAGGCCCUGCGGUAGCCGAGGACAGUCAAAAUUACGUGUUCAACCCGAACAAUCCUGGGUCCAGCAACAAUCCAUUCCAAUUUUAAAGUUCUGGUUUUCUAUGAAUUUUAUAGAUAAAUAAGUGGCAAGUGACUACUGUUUACAUGAUCUCCGAUAAUCCUCCCCAUAAACUUUUCUUACUAGAUGUGCAAAGCACAAAACCACAUCUAUCAAACCAUUGUUUCCUCAUGGGUUAGGUUUUUGAAAAACCUCUUGUUCUUAACCAAAAAUACUAUGGUUAGCACCCGCAGCAGAUUCUGGCUAAUUCUUUCAUAUGAAAAUUGCCUCGAGCAAAAAUAGCUUUGGCUAUGUCAAAGAGUCAUCUGUUUAUUCUAGCACAUUUAGGAAUGCGUAAAAAUUUUAGAAAAUGAAAUGACUGGUGAGAUAAAGAGUAAUGAAGCUCUGUAACAUUGUUGACUACUUGAAUUCCUUAACUCAAAAUCAGUUAGGGGAUAUUUAAGGGAUAAAUAAAAAAACAUACAUUUGGCGCUUUGCUGAAUUACA